AUGGGUCAAACCCCUUCCCAGACGCGGCCUCGACGAACGCAUGAGCAGCUGACACUGGAGCUCGCAUACAGGUUUAAAGAAAAGUGCUUUACCUCGAUUGAGUAUUACUCGCUGAAAGAUGUCUUCAAGAACCUUGCGGACCAGCAAGGCGACAUUCGCUACCUCAAAGAAGACACGAUAGCUCGGUUCCUGGAGAUCCCAGACAUCCUUGGGGCCUCGCCUGUGAUUUUCCACAUGGUUUCGUAUCUUGGUGCCUUUCCUUUUCUGCACGAGGCGCCGGUGGUGCUUGAGCUUGCGCAGUUGAUCAUGGUCGUUGUCAUCAUGACGGAACGGUAUAAACGGGUGCUCGCCAAGUCAACAGAUAGGACCAAGCUUCUGUUCAAAAGCCUGGCUGUAUACGACCGAAAAGUGACCGAAGCCGAGCGCACGCCGCAGAGUACCGCUUCAGAAAACGCUGCUGCAAAGCCAAAUGCUCAAUUCAAAGGCUUCGCAGUUGAUCAGCCGGGCCUGGAUGAUGAAAAUGAGGGCGAUGAGGAAGAGGAAGAUGAUCUAGUCCUUACGGCUUUUGAGCUGCUCGAUAUCAAUGAAGCUGCCAGGCGCGGUGAUGUCUCCACCAUUCAUGAGGCCAUUAUUCCAACCGACAACCUUCGGAAAAUAAUAAUGCUAUUACUAUUAAUUGCGCCGCUAGAUCCACAAGAGAGUUUGUCGCAGUAUUCUAGCCGUGUCGCGGGCCACGAGUUGGAGCUGCUACGGGCCACGGCAGAGUGCGUCUUGGCCUCCUUCGUCAACGUCGAGACCUCCCCUGGCAUUGGAUAUACCCGAUUCAAAACCGUCAUUCCCGUUCUGUUUCCCAAUCUCUUCGCUGGGUUCAAUGGAUUGUUUGAGCAUUUCCUCUUCUCUAAAGAUCUUGAUUUCUCUAAGCACAAGAUCGAGAAUGAUGCAACACACAUUAGCAAGACAGCGCAACCUCUGCUGCCGACUCCCGGCGAGAUUCUAAACGAGCACACCUUAUCACAGCUUUCGCUAUUCUUACCUGGCUCUUCCUUGUUUCGGAGGGUGAGGUUACUAUACUCGGGCAACGAUGCUGGCUUUUCAAUGGGCAGCCUCGAAUCAAAAAUCUUCAAUUGGAGGGCGCCAACAAUCCUUUUGGUAAGCGGAUCGAGAUUAGCAGACACCCCCGACGGUGGACAGGAGGCAUCGUUCGCGGCUUCACUUCCAACCAAACGGUUUCCUCACGGUAGCAAAUCCGAGCGUGUGACGUUUGGAGUUUACAUCAGGGAACCUUGGAAGCAUACUCACCGAGAGUGCUUUGGCGACUCAGAAACGGUUCUUUUCCAGUUGGAACCUAUUCAUGACGUCUUUGCCGCCUCUACGGUAAAUACAGACUAUGUCACUUUCACGAAACCUCCUGGGAAUCGACCUUGUCUCUCGUUUGGCUGCCCUCAUCCUAAGCCGACGCAGUCACAUCGCAAGGAAGGCAUGCAUGCUCUGGGGGCUGUCUCUCUACUAUUUGACGAAUCCUUUGAGUUUGGAGUAUUCAAUCAUGACUACAAGUCAAGAGGUGGUGCAUUCCACACUAGUAUCGUGAGAAAAUUUGACUUUCAAGACCGGUUCCGGAUCGACAACCUGGAGGUUUGGGGAUGUGGCGGUGACGACGAGGCAAAGGCGCAAGCCGAGAGAUGGGCCUGGGAAGAGAGGGAAGCUGAAGCGCGCCGUAAAAUCAACUUAGGAACAGGCGACAUCGAUGCAGACAGAGCACUGCUGGAAAUGGCUGGUCUAGUAGGCGGUAAUCGAAGUGGUGGCUCGAUGGGAUAA